UUAAGCGUUUUUCUGCCGCUGUACUGUCAAAUGGCGGAUGGUGAAAUUCAUAAACAUAACAAACGAUAUUUGAAAUUCAACUCGUAGAGCAGCUCUGCAGUUAUAUUAAACCUGUAUAGCAUAUAAGGCGGAGAUAUGGCUACUAUGAAUUCUGGGCAUCAUGGCAUGAAGAGGAUCUUUCGGAAAAUUAGCUACUGUUUUGUUUUCCUUUCAAGAAUUAAUGGCACCUUGCAUGUAAGGAACCACUCUCAGCAGGUGUCUUUACAUCCUGCCCACAGUCCUGGCACCAAACACACUAGUAAUUUCCGCGUAGCCAGCCUCUGUUUCCUGUUCCUGAGAAGAUUACAUGCAUUUGAAGGAAGAUCGACCCAGAUUUCCUCAUCAUUCCACACAAAACAGAGCAGCAGGAAAAGGAAAAGUCUUCCUAGUGCUCCCAAAUGCACAUGCUGCAACCUGAAGACUGGGUCCACCACAAGUGAUGAGCAAACUAAAACCAUACUGACACACACCUUACGGGAGCUGGUGCCCAAACUCUCCAGGAUCUGUAUCGGGCAGAAUCCAUACAGUUCCAGCCAAAUUUGGACCGCAGACAAGAAACCCCCAGGGUGGCCAGCAGAAAACGGGAUCAAAUGGAAGGACCCUAACAACAAUCCCAAAGAUUCCCUAGAAGUCCUGCAGAAGAAGAUGAGUGUCCUUCUAGAAAUGUGCAAGACCAAAAGCAUUCCCGUGGAGUACCAGAGAGAAAUAAAAGCCUACCUGAAUGUUUGUGAAGACCUUAAAUCCAAUGACACACCAGAUAUUUCUUCACUCCAGAUCCUGAGACAGCAGAGGAAGAAAUCCCAUGAGCUGGCUCUGGCUUGCAGACAUUUCUCUGAGAUGGUGAAAUGGCAUGGAGCCCCAGAAAGAUCCACAUUCCUUGAAAAUGAGUUGAUUAACCUUUGUCUGGUAUUGCAGAAGACUAAUGCAGACAGGAUGCUGAAUGCUCAGUUUGAAGAGGUUUAUUGUGCCAUCGCACAGGCUGAGGGAACUCAUGAAUCCCCAGGAGAGUUUAUGGAGCAGUUUACCUCCAGCAGUCGAGGGCCUGCAGAGAGAGUGGUCCAGAUGCCACAGUUUAACUUGGGCAACUGUGGAUCACUGGAGAGAGCUGCAUUCCAGAGUAACCACAUGGCGGCCUCCCUUCCUCCCGUGCAUUCCCAGGUGACCACAUGCAGAUUCCCAAACUUCAACAGUAUGGAGGUCACAAUGACAGAUACUUCAGAGUUCCACAAUCCACAUGACAUGGAAUACCAAAUGGAUUACAUGGAUUGCGACAAGAGACCAGUGAGCGCUAACAGAAUGAUGAUAAACAAGAGAGUCCGCGGAAACAGAUACUCCGAGGAUAUGAUCCUUAAUUAAGGAAACACUGAAAGACAAGAUGAAGAAAUGAUAAUAGGCAGAUGAUAGAUUUACAAAGGGUUGAUUUCAGAACUGUUGUUAUGUCUUUAAAGAAUUAAGCUUAAAAUUUACUAUUUACUAUUCUUGCACUUUUGUUAUGCAGGCACACAUACUCAUUUACGCAACACUUUCUUAAAAGACAUAUUUUAAAACAUUUUGAGCUUACUUUUAUUAUAUUUUUUUCUUGCAAAUUGCAAAAUUAAAUGCAUAUUUGUGCUUAUAACCAUAAUGUCUCAUUUCCUCUUGUCUUGUUUUAUGUUUUGAUUGUUUGAGUUUUUUAACAAGGUCUCUUGUUUAAUUUUUCCAUACUGGAAUAUUUCAUGAUCUAGUGCUACUUUUUAGCAGCAUCCUUUUGUUAAAAAAAUGCUUCUCUGUACAAUUGCUGUAAUGAAGUGACAAUGAAUAAUUACAUAAAAUGUAGAUUCUUCAAUAUAAUUCAGACAAAUUUUAAGGAGAUAUAUGUACAGGGCAUUUUGUUUCAUUAAUUGUGUUUUAUUUUGUCAAAAACUUGUAUCUAUUGAAUAUGAGUUUUAGUAUAAAAAAAUGUGAUUAAAACUGAAAGAAAUCACUGUUUUAAAAAUAUAUGUAUUAGUUUGUUAAUAUUAAGAGUAUUUUGACUGUGAUCUCUAUAAACAGUGAUUUUACAAAUAAU